AUUCUGCAACAGCUGCAGAUCGCUCACGAGGACACCCCUGAGUCCCGCGAAUUAUUGUCGCUCCUUAUGGAAGUUGUUCGAUGCAUUCGAACAAUUAUUAACACUUAUCCUGGGUUAGAACUUGUGCUGCAACGAGAUUCACGCGUGAUCGGCCGUCUCAUCGAAGGUCUCUGCGCCGUGAACAGGAGGAAAGCAAAAGAGGGAGAAGAGACAGAAGCUAUUCGUGCUUUGAGAGCCGAAAUUGUGAAGAUUCUCGCAUCUUUGGGUAUGGUGAACCAGGAGUCGACAAAGAAUAUCAAAAUGGAAAUGACUGGAGCUCAGAAGAUGAUGAAGGAGCUUACGCUCUUGGCUGCAAAGUAUAAACAGCCAAGGUUUAAGCCGAUAUUGGACUGUCUUCGAUUCUGCAAGGAAUCUGAUGUGGACCACGUUGUUUGUUUUGUCCACCCAUAA